UAUGGCCGGGAAACUGAAGCCAACUUCACAUUGAUCAGUGAUCAAAACGAUCAUCCCAGGAACGAUUCGAUAUCAAACAAUACAGUUGAGAGGUGCAGUGAUAUGGCGAAAGAAUUCCGAAUUCAGACGAUAUCAGUGUGUGAUACGAUUAGAAUUCAUUGUUUGUCAUGUAUAUUCGGCGUAUGGGUGAUCUUUAAACGGCUAGCGAAGGGGGUAUGGAAUUCCCAAAGGUUGACCAACAUCCAGCCACGUGAUAAUCCACCUUCAUGCCUCGUGGAUUCCAGGCUUGGACAACACAAAUACGUCAAGUUGAAGGGAGAAAAAUUCCAUUAUGUUGAAUCUGGCUCCAAGGAACGCCCUCUUAUACUACUACUACAUGGUUUUCCAGAUUUUUGGCUCAGCUGGAGGUAUCAGAUUCCAGUGUUAUCACAACAUUUUCGAGUGGUCGCUUUAGAUCUAAAGGGAUUCGGAGAUUCUGAUAAGCCGGUAUGGAGAAGUCGUUACCAAAUCAACAGAAUCUUGGAGGAGAUCAAAGACUUCAUUCACGCUUUAGGCGUGUCAAAUUGUAUCAUCAUUGGCCACGACCUAGGAGCACUCAUUGGUUGGUAUUUGGUGCAUCAAACGCCUGAACUCGUCAACAAAUUCUUCGCAGUCUCCUGUCCACACCCGAAUGUCUACUGGCAGAACUUGAGUAACACCUGCAAUUACCAGUGGCUCAAUUUCGUGCAGGUUCCCUACUUACCAGAAAUAGAUGCCUUGAAAGAAGACGUUAAAAUCAUCGACCAAUAUUACAAACAUCUAGCUCCUAAUGAUGUCUACCUGGAGGCAUACAAAUACGCCUUCUCAAGAAAGGAUGACUGGACGGGCCCCAUUAAUUACUAUCGAAAGCUACCUUUCUUGAGAAUCAACGAAGGUGCCGGCAAUAUCUCAACAACUGUGAUCCUCAUAACCGGUAACAAGGAUCAGCUGGUCAAGUUGGAAGGAAUUGUCAAGUCGACAGAGUAUUGCGACAAGUUCUACCUGAAGAUGAUAGAUGGCACUGAGCAUUUUCCACACCAAGAGGAUCCGGAAAAUUUCAAUAAGGUGAUCCUACAGUUUUUGAUUGGAAAAAGCACAAGUGUUGAGAAAGACAUGCUGCAGAGGUCGUCCUCGAAAAGGAUAAUGCAAGGACUUCUGGGAGCUGUGAGUACCACAGUGAAAUAUGGAAACUCUGUCAUUGAUAAUGUUCAGAAAAAGACUAAUUGUGUAGUGAGUAGUAUACCUAUAGGAUUAUCUUUAAAUUAUAACCAAGCAACUUCAAAAUAGUGUAGAUCUUAAAGUAUCAUAAGAGACUGUAAAAAUUGUUGAAAUAAGUCCAAAAUUGACUGAUAGGUUUUAAAUAUCCUGUAACAUGGGUUGUCCAGUAGUUCAGGACUGCUCAAGUGAUGGUUUUUUAUACAGUGUGUCCGCAAAGCAUGGAAUAAAUUCGAAAUUUCCAAAACCAAA